AUGUCUAAAGGAACGUCAAGUUUUGGUAAGCGUAAUAAGAGGAACCAUAUCCAGUGUAUUAGAUGUGGUAAUGAGUCUUUCCAUAAGCAGAAGAGGCAAUGUGCUUCUUGUGCUUAUCCAGAGAGAAGAUGGCGAAAUCCGGGAUCGAUUAAGGCUGGACGUAGACAGGCUGAAGGAACGGGUCGAAUGCGGCACUUACGGACUUACAUGCGUAUCAAUCUUAAAAAAUCACUAGCUAACAAUGCUAGAUAA